UAAGAGGUCAGGAGUUGCUCUCUGCGGCUCGUCAGCGUCUAAUCACAUUUCCUUUUGAUCCUACAACCCCGCUUCGGAAGUUACGCCAUGACUCCCAUCAAAGAUACCAACAUCCUUGUUAUCGGGGGUACUUCCGGCAUUGGCUACGGCGUCGCCAAAAGAUGCCUGGUCGAGGGAGCCAACGUCCACAUUGCGUCGUCGAACGUUUCCCGGGUCAGCGAGAGCAUCGACUCUCUCAAGCAACUGUUCCCCGAUGCGCAUGUUACCGGUCAUGUCUGCGACCUAGGUGGUCAAGAUGUCGAGAAGCGCCUUGAAAAGCUCCUUACUACCGUCCGCCCACUGGACCAUCUUGUAUUCACGGCAGGCGACAAUCUUUCCAUAAAGUCGCUGAAAGACAUUGACCUGGACACCAUCCACCGCGCAGGUCACGUCCGAUUCUUUGUUCCGCUCCUGCUAGGCAAACUGGCUCCGCGAUUCCUCAGGCCAGGAUUCCGAUCCUCUUUCACCUUGACCACCGGGUCUUUGUCGGAAAAGCCACUGCCGAAUUGGUCGUUGGUGGCUGGAUACGCAACGGGGCUCCAUGGCAUGACACGCAGCAUGGCUCUGGAUUUGAAGCCAUUGCGUGUUAACCUCGUCAGCCCGGGUGCGGUUGAAACUCCCCUCUGGGGACCGAAUGGCGUUCCGACCGGUACCGAGAAGUUUACCACAUUGGGCAAGGUCGGCACCAUAGAUGAGGUGGCAGAGGCAUACGUUUAUUUCAUGAAGGACACCAAUGCUACCGGCAGCAUUAUCAGCACUAAUGGCGGAGCUCUCUUGUUGUGAAGUUGGUCAGACAAAGAGUGGAGAAAUGUAUGAAUGGCUUGUUGAGCACUACCGCUUGACUUUGCGGAUCUAGCAGCUUGGAUAGAUACAAUUAUCAUACCUGUAACUAUGUUCUGCGUAAUACUAUGGAAAUAAACAGUGACCAUCGUGCCUUCAUCGAUUUCUUCAGGAAAGCCAACCCCGAAACUAACAAUGCCUUUGGACCUUAGCAACAGGCCAAGAUGAAUCUCUUCGAAGAUGAUAUGCCGGGCCCAUCGCUCAGUACACCAGUUGUGAAGCCACUAAUAUGCAAUAGAGUUGGGGAUUCGAGUCCGCACAUUGAAAUCAAGGCUGAAAGUUUGGUGGUCUGCAUUCGGGAUGCAACGCACUGGGUGACGAAUACGAAUACCAUAUGACUCGGCAUCGUACACUGUAUCCACCUAAAUCCGAUGAGAAGUCGAGGUAAGAG